AAUUGAUUUGUUUUUAUGAUAAAUCAGAAUUUAUAGAGUCAGAUUAGGCCUAAUUUCUAAUAGAUUAAAAAAGUAAUUAGAUUUUGAUUUUUGCAUUAUAUUAUAAUAAACUACGUAUACUAUUUUUCUUCCAAUCAGAACAAGGAAUUAACGCAACAUAGGAACGUUAGAGGAAACUUUGUCUUUAGUCGGACGUUUUUGUAGAAUGUUCCGGAAACACACCGAGAAGUGGGUGCGUCGCUGUUUUCCUCCCCCCGGUUUUUCAACAUGAAGGAAGCUAACAUGGCUCUCCCUGUGAGCGUGGGGGACCUGCUCCGGUCGGAGCAGCCGGAGGACGCUGCUCACCGGGACGACGGCCUGUGUGUCGUCGGAAUUUUCGGGAAAAGCAACAUGCAGCCCGGGCCGCUGAAGGAGUCUCUCAUCAACGUCCUGGCGGACAAACACAUCUUCUCGCUGUUCGGCGGAGCGGACGGCGGCGGUAGCGGCGGCGGUACCGCGGACAGCCUCAUCCAGGCUCUCUACGACCAGGAGAGCCGGGUGCUGUACCUGAUGCUGUCCUCCAUCUGCGACAGCCGGCAGCUGCUGCGGGCCUGCCACUCCCUGGGCGCCGGGACCAGCCACUCCGACGCCCACGAGUUGUGGAAGGGCCUGGACCGCCAGCACUGCCUGCACCUGCUCUACAUGUUCUCCGUGUGCCACGUCCUGCUGCUGGUGCACCCCAACCACACCUUCGACGUGACCUACGACCGGCUCUUCAGGGCCCUGGACGCCCUGCGGCAGAAGGUGCUGCCCCUGAUCCGGGCCGCCAUCAAGGACUGUCCGGUGUCCAAAGAGUGGAAGCUGAACUGCCGGCCCUGCCCCCCCCGGCUGCUGUUCGUGUUUCAGAUGAACGGCAGCCUGAAGGUCUUUGGGAACGGCUCGGAGCCGGGGGGGAACCCGGACAAACCCAAGAAGCACUCCCCCCGCCGGCGUCUGCAGCACGCCCUGGAGGACCAGAUCUACCGCAUCUUCCGGAAGAGCCGCGUGCUGACCAACCAGAGCAGCAACUGCCUGUUCACCGUGCCGGCCAACCAGGCCUUCGUCUACGUCAUCCCCACGCCGGACGACGACCCCGUGGGCACGCUGCUGGGCCAGCUGCGCUCCAACUGCGCGCUGACCGAUCCGGACGCCGCCGUCGCCGUGGCGCCCACGGGCCCCCGCCGCUACCAGCAGGCCCGCCGCUCCGCCCGCCAGCCCAGCCUCGGCGGGGACCCCGCCGGCCCGCCGGCCGGCGGCCAGCUGCUGGACUGCAGCCUGAAGGAGUUCCUGUGGCAGCACAUGGAGCUGGUGCUGACCAAGAAGGGCUUCGACGACAGCGUGGGCCGGAACCCGCAGCCCUCGCACUUCGAGCUGCCCACCUACGGCAAGUGGACGCAGGUGGCGUCGCGGCUCCACCAGGUGCUGGUCGGCGACGCCGAGGAGGAGCUGGCCGAGCUGGCCGCCAAGGUGCAGGGCCAGGCCAAGGUCCUGGAGGGCUUCCUGGACGCCGACGCCAAGUUCUCGGAGAACCGCUGCCAGAAGGCGCUGCCGCUGGCCCACAGCGCCUACCAGUCCAACCUGCCCCACAACUACACCACCACCGUGCACAAGAACCAGCUGGCGCAGGCGCUGCGCGUGUACAGCCAGCACGCGCGCGGCGUGGCCUUCCAGCGCUACGCCCUGCAGCUGCACGAGGACUGCUACAAGUUCUGGAGCAGCGGCCACCAGCUGUGCGAGGAGCGCAGCCUGACCGACCAGCACUGCGUGCACAAGUUCCACCUGCUGCCGCAGCCAGGGGAGAAGCCCGACAUGGACAACAACCCGCCCAUCCUGCACCACAACAGCAGGGGGCGCUCCACCAGCUCCUGCAACUGCGGCAGGAAACAGGCUCCUCGAGAGGACCCCUUCGACGUCCAGGCCGCCAACUAUGACUUCUACCAGAUGCUGGAGGAGAAAUGCUGCGCAAAGCUGGAGAGGAUCGAGUUCCCGGUCUUCCAGCCCAGCACCCCCGACCCGGCCCCAGCGCCGGACCCAGCCCCGGACCCAGACCCAGACCCGGACCCCGCCCCCCCCCAGGCCCCGGCCAGCAGUCCGGCCCAGCGGCCCCCCUGUGAUGGCUCUGGCGAGGCCGAGCGGCUGAAGGAGCCCAGCACGGCCCAGAGCCACACCCCCGGGGACACCAGCCUUAGCCUGGCCCUCAGCCUGGGCCAGUCCAGCGACAGCCUGGGCCCCUACGCCGACGGGGACGCCCCCCCCGUCCAGCCGAAGCGGCCCAGCCUGGUGGACCGCCAGCCCUCCACCGUGGAGUACCUGCCCGGCAUGACGCACUCGGGCUGCUCCAAAGGCCUCCUGCCCAAGUUCUCCAGCUGGUCGCUGGUCAAACUGGGCCCGGCCAAGUCCUACAACUGCCACGCGGGGCUGGAGCAGUCCGGCUUCCUGCCCAGCUCCUCCUUCCUCCUGCCCUGGGACCUGGUCAUCCGCUCCCGCUCGGAGGAGGACGCGGGGCUGGCCGAGCCCCUGGACGGCGGCUCGUCCUCGUGGCCGGCCCCCAACAAGAGCCUCGUCGGCAAGCGGGGCAGCACGGGGGGGCUGGGCAGGGGCCGGCGGCGGGACGACAUGGCCCGGGUCUUCGUGGGCUUCGAGUACGAGGACAGCCGCGGCCGGCGCUUCAUCAGCUGCGGGCCCGACAAGAUCGUCAAGGUGCUGGGGCCGGGGGGGGCCAAAGACCCCGCCAGCCGGGUCCUGAACACCGACAUGCCCCUCUACAUCCCCUCCCCCUCCCAGGGCCGAGGCCUGAAGCCACACUACGCUCAGCUCAGCCGGCUGUUCGUGGUGGUGCCUGACGCGCCGCUGGAGGUCACUCUGAACCCACAGGUGCAGCCCGGGCCCCCGCCCUGCCCGCUCUUCCACCCGGAGCAGACGGAGGUGGUGCUGCCCCCGGACGGGCUGUGGGUGCUGCGCUUCCCCUACUCCUACGCCACCGAGCGCGGCCCCUGCUACCCCCCCAAGGAGAACCAGCCCCUCAGCAACUACAAAGUGCUGCGGGGCAUCCUGAGAGCCACCACCGCCCCCCCGCCGGCCCCGUGAGCCUGGCUCUGUUCCCCAGCAGGAGCACUGGCCCUGGGGGCCCGCUUUGGUUUGCUUCGGUUUUUGGUCUCUGAGGUCAGUAAACCCUGGCUGUAAGCAGAGCAGGAAGCUCUCAGCCUUUUUUGAAGACGCUCUCAUUCAGAGGGCAGGAAAAGGCCCUCAAAAGGCACCACGAGAUCCAUUCACUACUGAGCGGAUGAAAAGGCUUUUUUCUGGACGAUUUAAGGCUUUCCCAAAACGUUUGGGACUCAAAUCAGUCUUUUCCAGAAGCCAUCUGGGGAGGACGUUUGAUACCGUGACACUUCUGGAACGUCUGAUAUGUUUUUCUUUCUUGUGAAGGACACUGAAAGAAUAAUGUUCUGGAUAAAUGAAAUUCGGGACGUUGUUUGACGCAGGAUUGGUUGAAAUGGGGGAGAUUCUAGAGAACGGACACGGUGGGCGCUAACAGUUCUGAAUGUUCUUAUUUAAGUAGUGAAAACGUUUAUUUUGAGCUGCGAUAAGUGUCUCAGAUAACUCCCAUCACCGCUUUCAGAGUGGGAAAAACACGGCGGCAGCAUGAAAGUGGACAGUUUGUACAGUAAUGCUCUCAUUACAGAAACAUUACAAACAUUAUGCACUGGAUCCUGAAGAUUAAAACGCCUUCUUGUUUCUCUGUAAAUAACCAAACCCUUGUUAUUCUGUUCUAGAUGUUUUUUAUUUGAUUUUUUAUUAAUGAGAUCUCAAUGUAAAGAUUAAAAAAAAAAAGAUUCUAAGUUAAUAAAG